GUUGGCAGCUCACUAACUAAACACCUGUUCUAUGUAAACAAAUUUAAAAAUUUCCUUUGGCUUCGAAAAAUGUUGAUAUUACGCCGAUUUUAUAGCGUUCGGGUGCGGACCAGGCGCCAAGUGGUGGAACGCUAUAGUUCGGAGUUUCCAGAGAAAUUGCUUAGCAAGAAGCAAAAGAUACCAUCUCAUAUGUAUGUAGCCAAUGCUGAAAUUGCCAAAGAGAUAGACUCCUGCAUAGAUCCUCAUGUGCGUGAGUCAAAAUGCGACACUAUAAUGGAACUAAAUCCAGGAGUCGGUCACUUCACUCGGCAUUUGUUAGAUCGAGAGAAGCAAUUUCGUAAAAUCAUCUUGUUGGAGAGCAUGGAACAUUUUAUGCCUCGUCUGCACGAACUUCACGCUUUGUAUCCGGAGCGGGUUAAAGUGCACCAUGCCGAUUUUGUGACGCUUUGGAAAUUGGCCUAUAUGGACAAGAUGGAUAAUGGGUCACGGGUGGCAGAGCUUUUAAAUGAUGUACCCCAAAGAGCCUUUGGUGAAGAUGCCAAUAUGCUGGUGUUUGGCGCCGUCGGUUCAUAUACAUUCUUUAAACAUCUGAUCAAUUCAAUCAUCUUCCAGACAAGUCUUUAUAAUUUAGGACGUUGUGAGAUGAUUCUAGCCGUGCCUCCACCAAUUUACAUACACUUGACUUGCCAGAAUGAUAUUGGUUAUUUACUGUAUCGGUCCACUAGCGUACUUUUCCAAAUCCUUUUCGAGCAUCGUUUCAUUGCCAAAGUGCCUCGCGAACACUUUUUACCCCAUCAGGCGGAUUAUAAUGUUGGCAAAAGCAGUAAAUUGGGUAAAGUGCGAUCAAUCAAUCCGGAAUACUUGUAUUUGGUGAAAUUUGUGCCAAGACGAAAUCUUCAUGAAUUGUGUCCUCCUGAUGAUUUAACCGCCCUGUGGUUCUUUAUUAAACAGAAUUUUGUCAGUCGUCGUAAUCGCAUUAUACCCAAUGUGGAAAAAUGGGUGCCCGGCUGUGGACCACGAUUGAUCAUCAAUCAAUAUGCAUCCGAAUCUAUUACGCCCACUUACCCAGAUGAGUCUGUUAAGAAAUUACCGCCAUAUUCUAGGCAAAGCACUAAUAUUAGCACAAGGGAUUAUUACCCUGGCAUCAAUAUCUAUACACAAUUUGGUGAUCUUAGACCUAGUCAAGUGCUGACACUUUUCACACAGUUUCGUCAGUGGCCAGAGUAUCAGGAGAGUUCGUUUCUCGCAUCGUUAGAAAACGCUUUACUCAAACUGGAAACCGUCAACGAUGAGCAGAGUCUCGAUGACAGCAUUAAUUUGAAUGAAGAAGAUGAUAUAAGUCAUGACUCUGUAGAUGAAAUCGAUGAAAUGCCGCCCAAAGUUAAGUAA